UCAACUGCUAUUGUCCUGGUCCUGCUCUCCUCUCUCUCUCUCUCUGCUUCUCCGCUAUCAAAUCUUCUCUCUAGCAUUAACAAGAUCAUCCAAAUCCGAAUAUUUUCUUCAGUUCUGAUGACAUCGUCGUUAAAGAAUAAUUAUUAUGACGUGUUUGUCACCUUCAGAGGUGAAGAUACUCGCUUCAACUUUACUGAUCAUCUUUUUGCUGCCCUUCAAAGAAAAGGCAUUUUUGCGUUUAGAGAUGACACUAAGCUUCAAAAAGGUGAAUCGAUAGCACCCGAGCUCAUUCGUGCAAUUGAAGGGUCUCAGGUUUUCAUUGCGGUCCUCUCCAAAAACUAUGCUUCCUCAACUUGGUGCUUGCGAGAAUUGGAAUACAUCCUUCACUACAGUCAAGUUUUUGGAAGACGUGUUCUUCCUGUUUUUUAUGAUGUUGAUCCUUCUGAGGUGAGACAUCAAAAAGGAAUUUACGGUGAAGCCUUUUCCAAACAUGAACAAACAUUCCAACAUGACUCUCAUGUGGUACAAAGAUGGAGGGAAGCUCUGACACAAGUGGGGAAUAUCUCAGGCUGGGAUCUUCGUGAUAAGCCUCAAUAUGAAGAGAUUAAAAAGAUUGUUGACGAGAUAUUGAAUAUAUUGGGUCACAAUUAUUCAUCUCUUCCAAAAGAACUAGUUGGUAUGAAUUCUCAUAUAGAUAAAGUAGCAAAUCUAUUACUUUUGGACUCCAUUGAUGAUGUUCGGGUUGUAGGAAUUUGUGGGAUGGGUGGAAUAGGGAAGACAACUCUGGCUACUGCUUUAUAUGGUCAAAUCUCUCAUCAAUUUGAUGCACGUUGUUUUAUUGAUGAUCUAAGCAAAAUAUAUAGACAUGAUGGUCAAGUUGGUGCACAAAAGCAAAUCCUACACCAGACUCUUGGCGUGGAACCCUUUCAGCUUUGCAAUCUAUAUCACACAACUGAUUUGAUGCGAAGGAGGCUACGUCGCCUACGAGUACUUAUAAUUGUUGAUAAUGUUGAUAAAGUUGGACAACUUGAUAAAUUGGGUGUGAAUCGUGAAUGGUUAGGUGCAGGGAGUAGAAUCAUUAUAAUUUCUGGAGAUGAACAUAUCUUGAAAGAGUAUGGAGUUGAUGUAGUUUACAGAGUUCCACUCUUGAAUUGGACCAACUCUCUUCAAUUAUUUUCUCUAAAAGCUUUCAAACUUUAUCAUAUUAUCAGUGAUUAUGAGGAGUUGACAUAUGACAUAUUAAAUUAUGCUAAUGGCUUACCACUAGCGAUUACAGUGUUGGGUUCUAGUUUGUUCAGUCGAAGUAUCUCUGAAUGGAGAUCUGAAUUGACUAAAUUGAAAGUAAGUCCACAUAAAGAUAUUAUGGAUGUGCUGCAGUUGAGUUUAAUUGGGCUAAUGGAGAUGGAAAAAGAAAUAUUUCUUCAUAUUGCAUGUUUCUUCAACGGGCGAGAGGAGGACUAUGUUAAAAAUGUUCUGAACUAUUGUGGAUUUCAUGCUGAUAUAGGAUUAAGAGUUCUUGUUGAUAACUCACUCAUACACAUUUCAGAUGAAAGUAAGAUUGAAAUGCAUGGUUUGUUCGAAGUGCUAGGCAAAAAUAUUGUUCAUGAAAUUUCAAGAAAGUGGAGCAGGUUGUGGCUGCAUGAACAAUUCUACAAUGUCGUGUCAAAUAAUAUGGAAAUUAACGUUGAAGCGGUAGUUUUGUACGGUCCUGGGAACGAAAAGGGAAUAUUGAUGGCUGAAGCAUUGUCAAAAAUGAACAGUCUUGAAUUGCUCAUUCUCAAGAAUGUUAAAGUUUCGGGAAGCCUAAAUUAUCUUUCUAAUAAAUUAAGAUAUCUUGAAUGGGAAGCCGAAAAGGGAAUAUUGAUGGCUGAAGCAUUGUCAAAAAUGAACAGUCUUGAAUUGCUCAUUCUCAAAAAAGUGAAAGUUUCGGGAAGCCUAAAUUAUCUUUCUAAUAAAUUAAGAUAUCUUGAAUGGGAUGAAUAUCCUUUCUUGUAUUUACCAUCAAGUUCUCAGCUUGAUGAACUUUCCGAAUUGAUCUUAGUAGGUAGCAGCAUCACACAACUAUGGAAAGACAAGAAGUAUCUGCCCAAUUUGAGGAAUCUGGAUCUAAGCUGCUCUAAAAAUCUAGCCACGAUGCCACAUUUUGCAGAGUUCCCAAAUCUUAAGCGGCUAAAUCUUGAAGGAUGUGUAAGCCUUGUGCAGAUUAAUUCAUCUAUUGGCCUUCUAAGAGAGCUUGUUUUCUUGAAUUUGAAGAAUUGUAAAAAUCUUAUAUGCAUACCCAAUGAAAUAUCUGGUCUCACCUCUCUUAAAUAUUUUACUAUUUGCGGCUGUUCCAACACGUUUAAAAACUCCAAAGCACAUGGAUAUUUUUCUAGCUGUUUGUUGCCUUCCUUGCCUAGCGUGUCUUGUUUAAGUGAAAUUGAUAUCAGUUUUUGCAACCUAAGUCAAAUCCCUGAUGCUCUUGGAAGUCUAACUUGGUUAGAAAGACUAAAUUUAAGGGGAAACAAUUUUGUCACAUUGCCUAGCCUCCGGGAUCAUUCUAGACUUGAAUACUUAAAUUUGGAGCAUUGCAAGCAGUUGACAUCUUUACCUGAGCUCCCUUUACCCGCUGCUAUCAAGCAGGAUAAACAUAAGAGAGCAGGAAUGUUUAUAUUCAACUGCCCUGAAUUGGGUGAGAGGGAGCAGUGCAUUAACAUGACACUUUCAUGGAUGAUUCAUUUCAUUCAAGGAAAGCAAGAUUCCUCUGCCUCCUUUCAUCAGAUUGAUAUUGUUAUUCCUGGAACUGAAAUUCCAAAGUGGUUCAACAAUCGGAGAAUGGGUAGAUCAAUAAGCAUAGACCCAUCUCCCAUUGUGUAUGACGAUAAUAUCAUUGGCAUUGCUUGCUGUGCCGUAUUUUCUGUGGAACUUUUUGAUCCAACUAAGACAAGAUAUGAAUGGGGACCUAUAAUACGGUUAGGUUUUAAGAGCAGCAAUGCUGCAAACAGCAAUUAUGUGGUCAUUCCAGUAACUCUCUACAGGCAUCUUAUUACAGUCAAAUCGAAUCACAUGUGGCUAAUCUAUUUUGAUCGGGAAUUGUUCUUCAGUUUUCUGAGAUCUAUAGACAAUACACUGUGGGAACUUGAUCAUAUCAAGAUGGAAGCUUCCGUUAUGAAUGGCCAAGGCUUGCAUCUGGAGGUAAAGAAUUGCGGGUUUCGAUGGGUAUUUAAACAGGAUCAACAACCAUUUGACUCACCUAACAAUGACGUGCCGGGGAAAGAGGAAAGUCAUGAGUUCAGACCUGUUCUUUGGGCGAUUGAAGAUGAGGCACAGAACCGCAAACAGGAUCAACAACCAUUUGACUCACCUAACAAUGACGUGCCGGGGAAAGAGGAAAGUCAUAAGUUCAGACCUGCAAUUCUUUGGGCGAUUGAAGAUGAGGCACAGAACCGCAAACACAAGUACAAUAAGUCAUCUGAUUGAAACUACAAUGUUUUACUUUGGAGGUUGGAAUCAUUAGGUAGUCCAUUGUAUAUUUCACCUGUUGGUAUCAAUGUGUAUGAUAUGUCUUUUAAUUAUUUGGUUGCCACAGGAUGCUUACCUUGGUUGCCAUAUGUUUUUUCUCCUCGUUUAGGUUGUAAUUUUGUUUGUAAUAAUGUUUACCAAAGGGCUAUACCAUUUCUGCUCUAUUUUGUAAAUGAUACAGUUCAUAAUGUUUUUUCCUUCUAUAUCUGGAUCCAUAUUUUGACAUUUGA